GCUGGGAGCAGGACUUGGGGGCGUGGUCUGCGCUUCCGGAGGCGGGGCCUAUGGUGGGGCGGGCCCUUCUGGAGCCACACCACGCCCUGCCCACGGCCUGGUCACUGCACCCACCCUGCGCUUGGCAGCCGCGGUCCGCACCAGCCCCUCGGAGGUGAUCCAGAGCCGAGAUGGCCGUCCUCUCCAAGGAGUACGGGUUCGUGGUCCUGACCGGGGCCGCCAGCUUCGUCCUGGUGAUGCACCUCGCCUUAAACGUCGCCAAGGCCCGCAAGAAGUACAAGGUGGAGUAUCCCACCAUGUACAGCACGGACCCUGAAAACGGGCACCUCUUCAACUGCAUCCAGCGAGCGCACCAGAACACGUUGGAAGUGUACCCUCCCUUCUUAUUUUUCCUCGCUGUGGGGGGUGUGUACCACCCGCGAGUCGUCUCGGGCCUGGGCAUGGCCUGGAUCGUGGGACGCGUUCUCUAUGCCUACGGCUACUACACCGGAGAGCCCAGCAAGCGGAACCGGGGGGCCCUGGGCUCCAUCGCCCUCCUCGGCCUGAUGGGCACCACUGUGUGCUCUGCCUUCCAGCACCUCGGAUGGGUGAAAACCGGCUUGGGGUCCAAGUGCUGCCACUAAGGCUGGGUGGGGUGUUAAAAACUCUCAUUCAUUUUGAAUGACUUACUUUUAUUUCCAGUUACUUUUUUUUUUCUAAAUAUAAUAAAAUUUAUCUGGCACCAGCCUCCUAAGUAA